AUAAACGAUAAAUAAUAAUCAACAAUUAUUAUAAAUACAAAAAUAUUCAAGCAAGAAUAAAUUAAAUUAAUUAAAUAGAUUAAUUAGAAACAUGACUGGUCCUCACCAUCACAAAGAAAAAGAUGAGAAAGCUAAGAAAGAUCCAAAGAAGGAAAUGAAACACCAUAAACACCUUCAACAUCUUGGUCAGGCUACUACUAUUGCUGCUGGUGUUUAUGCUUUGCAUGAAAAGCAUAAAGCAAAAAAGGAUCCGGAGCAUGCCCACAAACACAGGAUAAAAGAAGAAAUUGCAGCCACUGUUGCAGUUGGGGCUGCUGGAUUUGCUUACCAUGAACAUCACAAGAAGAAGGAAACUAAGAAUAAUGUAAAGCAACACAAAACCAAGGGUUGAUUAUUAUUUUUACUUAAAUUACUUUUGUAAUAUGAUUAUUUCUUUGAUUAUAUUUAGGUUACUUUUGUUUUCAUAUUAUUAUCCGGUUUAUAUUUUUGUAAUAUAAUUUUUAUGUAUUCUUAUACUAAAAUUAAAUAACCGUAUUUUUAUGUACAAUGUAAUUUGAUCUAGUUCAUUUCAUGCAACUAUGCAAGUAUAUACUUUUAUUA